AUGACUGAAUUAAAUGAAUCACAAAAUAUUUCCAUUAAACUUGAAGAUGCAGAGAACUCUAAAUCAAACGAAUUUAUAAAUCCUUUUCUUAUCCAAGCAAAGCAACAUCUUUUUAAUGGGAAUUUUGAUAAAGCUGAAGAACUUGUUGUAAUUUUUUUAAAUAUGUUAACAGAACCAGUAAUUGAGAAGAUUGAUGACAUCAUUCUAAAACAAUUUAUUAUAAAAAUUACCACUGAACUUAAUGGUAAUUUUAAUAAUAUUAACGUUGAAAGUGAAAAUGAACGUUUAUUGUUGGAUUUUUUAAAUUAUUCCACCGAUGAUAAUGCUUUUACAGGACGUGGCAAAUUUAUUUUACCAAAAUUAUCACCUCUUCUUCCAAAAUAUUUUGUGGAUGCACAUCCAAAUGCCCCUGAAAUUGCUUUAGAUUUUCUGAAGUACACUAAUUUAUUUUCUUGUUCAAAAUUAAGGAGAUAUAAUUUUAAAUAUACUUUGGAAUGUUUUAUUACGGGAAUAGAAAUUAAGAAUAAAGUAGAACAAAGUUAUUUUUUUGAUGGAUUAUUAAGUUUUAUAGGACAAAUUUCUAAAAAUUAUGAGAAGAAAAAUAUUAAAUGUAAAUGUAAUGAUGGAAAUUUAUUAAGAAAACCAUUGAUGAGAAAUGAACUGACAAAUUAUAUAAAAGCAAUUUUUAGUACUGAGUUAAAUGAAUCAGGAUGCCUUACUAUUUUAUUGGAUGACAAAAAAUUUAUAAAUGAAUUGAGAAGAGUUAAUAAUUUACUUGAAAAAAAGGAUUUUGUUAAUUUGUCAUUGAUUGACAAGUUGCAUAUUGUUCAGAUACUAGAAAUUUUUAUCUCUGAAAUGGAGUUGACAAAUGAUGUAUAUAAAAAGCUGGAGGAUGAUUGUAAUAUACCUCAGAAUACUAUUAAAAAGAAGCUUCAAGAUAAACAAAAAUUGGAAAGAAAAAUAGUUUUUUUGGAAAAAGAAAUUAAAUCAACAAAGGCAGGGAAAGUUUAUAUGCCUGAUGAAGGUACAUUAGAAAGUGUUAUAUCUAUAAAAAAAGAAGGAAUCGAUAAUGCUAAGGAAGAGGUAGAUGAAUUAAACUCCUUAUGUUUAGAAUUGGAAGAUAAAAAAAAGUUUGGUGAAUUUUUCUUUUGGAAUAAAUCACCAAAUAUUCUUGGAAAGGAUAGAAUGUUUAACAUUUAUAAAUUAUCAAUUGGUUUUGAUUUUAUUUGUGUUAUGAAGCCUAAAAAUGCUAAAUAUACUACUAUAAGAGAAGAGUAUUCAAAAACAUUUAAAAAAGAUUUUACUAUUGAUGAUGAAUUGAUUGCUAAAUUGUCACCUGUUACAAAAAUGAAAUGUGAUGGAUAUGAAUAUUUCUAUAUUGAUAAUAUUACAACUUUUAAAGAAAUUAUUUCAAUGUUUGAUAAUAAAGGAGCUCGUGAAAGAGAAUUACUUAAGGAGAUGAAUAAAAUUAUGGAUUUAGUUGAGCAUCAUAUUGAGGCUCAUAAAGAAAAAAUUACUAAAUAA